GUCAGCCCGUCGUUGCGACCCCAAUCGGGAUCUCAUCUCACUUUCGAAGCCAAACGCCACCAAUCGAGCCCUAGGCUAGGGUUUCGCCGCCUCCGACCCGCCGGUGUCUCCCCAGCCGCCCUCCGCCCCCGUCGCCAUGUACAACGGCAUCGGGCUGCAGACCGCGCGGGGGUCCGGCACCAACGGGUACGUCCAGACCAACAAGUUCUUGGUCAGACCCCGUUCCUCCUCCGGCCCCCCCAAGCCGCUGCUCCCCGGGCAUGGCGACGACGCCGGCAUCGGGCUCGGCGGGAUGCGGAAGCCCAACAAGGAGAUCCUGGAGCACGACCGGAAGCGGCAGGUGGAGCUGCAGCUGCUCGUCCUGCGGGACGCCCUCGAGGAGCAGGGGUACACGGAGGCCGAGAUCGAGGAGCGCGUCGAGGAGGCGCGCAAGGCCGCUGAGGCCGAGGCGGCGGCGGCCGCCGCCGUAGCUGAGGAGGGAGGACGCGACGCGGGGCGACCGCCUCUCCCUGGCAGAGGGUUUACAGACACACAGAGUCACCAUGUUGCUGCACGGAAGGAGAAGCAGCUUGAGACUCUGAGGGCUGCUCUUGGGCUGGACGCUGAGGAUGUAAAGAAGGGGGAUGGAGAAAGUGAUGUGGAGUCUGGGGAGCUUGUUCCUGGGAAGUACUCUGAAGAGUUGGAUACUGCUGGGCAGAAAGGUAACAAGGGCUCAAAGGAUGGCAGAAUGGAUGCAAAUAAGGGCAAGAAACUGACAGGGAAUGAUGGAAGGAAUCGCAGCAAAAGUUCUAAGAAGAGUAAGCAUGAUUAUGAUUCAGAUUCAGACCAUGAGGAUGACAGGAAGAAGAAGAAAAAGAAUUCUCGCCAUGAUUCAGAAGAUUCUGAGAGUGAUUAUGAUGCUAAGAAGGUUAAGAAACACAGCAAGAAAUCUCGUCAUGAUUCAGAUGAUGAUUCUAAGGAUGAUUAUUAUAAGAAGGAAAAAAAGCACAGCAAGAAAUCUCGUCAUGAUUCAGAUGAUGAUUCUGAAACUGAUCGUAAGAAGGCAAAACGGGGGAAGGACAAUCAUCAUGAUUCCGAGUCUGAUUCAGAUAGUGAUCAUGGCAAGAAGAAAACAAAAGAUGUGAAGAACAAUCGCGAUGAGAGAAAGAAGGUACCAGUAAAGAGCUCUCGUCAUGACUCUGAGGAUGAGAAGCCCAGGAAGAGCAAGUACAAGGAUAGUUCUCAUCAUGAAUCCAAGAAUGAGAAGCCUAGAAAGAGCAAGUACAAGGAUAGUUCUCAUCAUGACUCGGAGAGUGAUGACUCUCACAGUGACUAUGAUAAGAAAAAGCAGAAAUCUGUUAGAAAGGGCAAGUAUUCUGCUGAAUCUGGGAGUGAUUCAGACAAUGUCCAUGGCGAGCGAUCGAAAUAUGCGAAGAUUUCUCACAACUCUGAGCGUCAUAAGUCUGAAAUGGAUGUUAAGAAGGACCAGUACCUUGAUAAAUUGAAGAGUGAGUCAAGGAGUGAUGACUACAAAAAGAAAAAUUCUGUGAAGAGUUCUCGCCAUGACUCUGAAGAUGAGAAGCCACAUAGCAAGGCCCUUCGGACAGACAAGUAUCAUCAUGAUCUCAAGGAUGAUAGACAAGAACAAAAAGGUAAACAGAAGGAGGAUAACUCUGGGAAGAACAUUGAUAAACGCAAGAAGCAUGAUUCUGAUUCGGACGGUAAUGCCCGUGAUAGGAAAAGACAGCUGAAUGCUGUGAAGAGUUCUUGCCAUGACUCUGAAGAUGAGAAGCCACCUAGCAAGGCCCAUCGGAUAGACAAGUAUCAUCAUGAUCUCAAGGAUGAUAGACAAGAACAAAAAGGUAAAGAGAAGGAGGACAACUCUGGGAAGAACAUUGAUAAACGCAAGAGGUAUGAUUCUGAUUUGGACGGUAAUGCCCGUGAUAGGAAAAUACAACUGAAUGCUGCAGGGUUAAAAAAGAAUGUGCAAGAGAAAAGAAGAGUGUCUAGCUCAAGCGAGAGUUCAGAUUACAGCAGUAGCAGUAGUAGUGAGUCGGAUGUUAGUGCUGACAGCUAUGAGUUAGAGGAAAGGAAAAAGAAUCAAGCUGAGGAAAGGAGAAAGGAGCUAAAUAAACAAAGGCAAAGGGAGGAAGAGAGAAAGGAGAUGGAGAGGCAAAAGCAGAGGGAGGAAGUGAGGAUGGAGCUAGAGAAGCAAAAGCAGAGGGAGAGGGAGGAAGAUAGACACAAGGAAAGAGAACAAGAGAGGCAUAGGGAGAGAGAGCAAGAUAGAAGGGAAGGUGGAAAUGGUGUGGAAAGAGACUACAAAAGAGGCCUUGGAGAAGAUAGGUAUGAUCCAAAUUCAAGUGCGGCUAGGGAAGACGGAAACAUGGAUCGCAGAAACAAAGAUGAGAGGAGGGAUGAAGAGCGACACAGAAGUAGAGAUAUUGAUCGGCAGGACCCCAAAAGGUCUAGAUAUGACGAUUCUUAUCACCGUUCAAGGAGGGAUGACCAACACUAUUCUAGAGAUGAUUAUAGAGACAGGAGGCAUCGUUGAAUGCAAAAAAAUAUAUGAAACUUGCUUCCUUUGCAGCCUUGUUGGGUACUUUGAAGUAAAAGAGGGACAUCUUGGACGCGGCCAGUUGAUUUUGUGCACACAUCAAACUUUCGGUCUGCUAACAGAUGAUCUUUGCUGCAGCAGUAAUAUUCAGUCACCUAGCGGACGUGCCGCGGCAGCAUUAAUUAGACUUUGCUUAUUUGUGUAUCGACUCUCUUUGUUUAUCGGUUGUUGUCGGUCUUCAGUUUGCAAUGUGGUGGAUGUAUUGCGCUGAGAUAUCCUUUUGUUAGUCUUCAGGUUGUUGCAGAUCAAGAUAUAUUGCACUGUGAUAUUCUAUGGUAAUUUUUGGUUUGAUAA